GUCAAGAUUGUUUUGCAAUUCCAACGAUAUACCAACUCCCUGGAUUUAUGGCUACGGUGGAGGAGAAGGCGGUGCACAGUCAUGGCGCCAAAGUAGACAAGGAAUCGGCGUCCGACGAUGCCGAUUCCUACUCGGAAAGUGGAUCUGGAGAUGACGAUGAUGCAUCAAGCGCCGAUGGUGACGAAAAUACAGAGACGUCCCUUCCCUCGACGUCCAAAGUGAAGGACGAGGACGACGAGGUGUUGUCCGCCGAAGACAAAGCGGCGCGAGAAGCGUUAAUCCGUGAAGAAGAAGAAGCCCUAAAGAAGCAAAAGGAGAGUCAGGCCAAAGCCCUGGAAGCCUUGCGCGAGCAAGAGCAGGAAUCGCCCGCAAAGGCGGCCAAGGCGACACCGGAUCGACGACUGCAAUUUCUCAUGGCGCAGUCGGACGUGUUCACGUCGUUCCUCAUGGGCGGGAGCUCUGCGGUGGGCAAAGCGAUGAACAAGAAGAACGCCCGCGAUGUCAAGUCCGAAGGCGACAACAAUCGGCGAUCUAUCAAGAAAGGCGGGGACGACGACGACCAAGCGGCGAUCUUGGCGGAAGACGAGUCCCGCUUCACGCGUCUGGACAAACAACCGUCAAACAUUGCGUUUGGCACGAUGAAGCCAUACCAGCUGGAAGGGUUGAACUGGAUGAUCCGUCUCCACGAUUGCGGCGUGAACGGCAUCUUGGCCGACGAAAUGGGGUUGGGCAAGACGUUGCAGAGCAUUUCGUUGCUCGCGUACUUGCGCGAAUCGAGAGCGUUGAAGGGCCCGCACAUGAUCAUCGUGCCCAAGUCCACGGUGGGCAACUGGAUGCGCGAACUCGGCCGGUGGUGUCCGUCCAUCCGCGCGUUCAAGUUUAUGGGCGACAAGGAACAGCGCAACGUACUGCGCGAGUCGAUCAAGACUGUCAAGUGGGAUGUGUGUGUGCUGUCGUACGAGGUGGCCAUCAUGGAGAAGCCGACGCUCAAAAAGUUCAAGUGGAAGUACAUGCUCAUCGACGAAGCGCACCGCAUCAAGAAUGAAAACUCGAAAUUGUCCCAAGUCGUGCGCGAGUUUGACGUGGAGCAUCGGUUGCUCAUCACGGGCACGCCGUUGCAGAACAACUUGCACGAGCUGUGGGCCCUGCUCAACUUUCUCCUCCCCGAUGUGUUUACGGCGAGUGAGGAUUUUGACUCGUGGUUCAACGUGGACGGGGAAGCCGGCCAUGAAAACGUCAUCAAGAAGCUGCACACGGUGCUCCGGCCGUUCCUCCUCCGCCGCCUCAAGACGGACGUCGAGCACUCGCUGCCCCCCAAGACCGAGACCAAGCUGUACGUGGGUCUGUCCGAGAUGCAGCGCGAGUGGUACACGCGGGUCCUCCACCGCGACGCCGCGCACUUGAACUCGAUCGGCGGGUCGGAUCGCGUCCGACUGCUCAACAUUCUCAUGCAGCUGCGCAAGGUGUGCAACCACCCGUACCUGUUUGACGGCGCCGAGCCAGGUCCGCCGUUCGUCGAAGGCGCGCACUUGUGGGAAAACUGCGGCAAACUCGUGUUGCUGCACAAGUUGCUGCCCCGGCUCAAGGCGCAGGGGUCGCGCGUGCUCAUCUUUUGCCAGAUGACGUCCAUGCUAAACAUCCUGGAAGACUACUUGCGGUUCCAUCACCACGAAUACUGCCGGCUGGACGGAUCCACGCAGGGAGAGCUCCGCGACGAGUACAUGGACGUGUUCAAUGCGCCCAACUCGACCAAGUUUGCGUUUCUGCUCAGCACACGCGCCGGCGGACUCGGCAUCAACCUCGCGACGGCAGACAUUGUGAUCCUAUACGACUCGGACUGGAACCCGCAGGUGGAUCUGCAAGCGAUGGACCGCGCGCAUCGCAUCGGGCAGACCAAACCGGUCCGGGUGUUUCGGUUCAUCACGGAUGGCACGGUCGAGGAGAAGAUUGUCGAGCGCGCCGAGCGCAAGCUGUACCUGGACGCAGCCAUCAUCCAGCAGGGCCGCCUGGCGCAGCAGAAUCGCAAGCUGGGCAAAGACGAGCUCAUGACGAUGGUUCGGUUUGGCGCCGACGAAAUCUUCAACGCCAAGGGGAGCAUGAUCACGGAGGACGACAUCGACGCGAUCUUGGCCAAGGGCGAGGAGCGCACGGAAGGCAUGAAGGCGAAAAUCAACGACGACAUGCAGCACAACCUCAAGAACUUUAGCUUGUCGUCCGUGUCGAGUUUGUACGAGUUUGAAGGCGAAAAGUUCGCCAAGGAUGCGGCCGAGGCCGGCGGCGUCAUGCCGCCCACGUUCAUCGCGCUGCCGGCGCGCCAGCGCAAGACCAACUACGACGUGGACGAGUACUACCGCCAGCAAACGGGCCAGGUCAAGCCCAAGAAGGCCAAAAAGUCGGACGACGACUUGCGCCCCAAGGUUGCGGUCGUGCACGACUUUCAGUUCUAUGACAAGGACAAGAUGGUGCCGCUGCUCCAAGCGCAGCUGGACGUUGAGUUUCAGCGAAAGGAACAGGUCAAGCUGAUCAAGGAAGCCAAGGGCGGCAAGGUCGACGGCGACGAUGCAACGCUCCAGCGGCUCGAGGCGGAGCUGGACGCGAUGGACAUGACCGCGGCGGACCGCGCCGCGCUGGACGCGCUGGAGCGCGACGGGUUUGGCGACUGGAGCCGACGGGACCUCAAGCAGUUUGUCGCGAGCUGCGAAAAGUUUGGCCGGCAGGACAAGGACCAGAUCUGCGCCGACACGGCGGCCGCCGUCGGCAAGGACGUGGCGCGCGUGGCCGAGUACUACGAUGUGUUCUGGGCACGAGGACCGGAUGAACUGGAUGAAUGGGCCAAGUUUGUGGACCGCAUCGAGAAGGGCGAAAAGCGGCUCACGCGGAACCAAGCGGUCAAGGAAGCGUUGGCGGCCAAGUGCGCAUUGUACAGAAACCCGUGGCGCGACAUGAAGCUGCAGUACCCCGGCGGAUACAAGAGCAAGGGGUUCACGCACGAAGAAGACGUGUUCCUUGUGUGCAUGAUGCACCAGCACGGGUUUGAGUGGAAUGCGAUCAAGGACGACAUUCGCAAGGCAUGGCAGUUCCGCUUUGACUGGUUCUUCAAGUCGCGCACGAUCGUGGAGCUCCAAAAGCGCGGCGAGUUCCUCACCAAGUUAAUCGAAAAGGAGAACGAGGAGACCGCGAGCAAGGCCGCCACGGAGGACGAGACGCUGUCGGCCAAGGCGACCAAGAAGCACAAGAGCUCGAGCAGCGGCGGCGGCGGGAGCAGUAGCAAGAAGCGGUCGCGCCCGUCGUCGUCGUCCUCUAGUAGUUCCAAGCGACGAAAGUCCAAAGGUUAAACCAACAUGCUUCCUCCUACAUAACGAAUCGACGAACACGACAACCUUUCUGCA